AUGAGGCUGUUGCUGGUUUUGAGUCUGGCCAUAUUGGUUGCCUACGUGUCGGGUGCUAAUGACACUGCAACUUCCGACGACUAUUAUUCCGAUUACUACGACUACGGUAGUGAUAAUAGUACCGCCACUACUGAGGCCAGUCCAGUAGAGGAUGCAAGUGAAACAGUUGACUAUUCAGAUGAUUAUGACACUGCAGCUACCUCAGCGGAGGGUUCUGAUGACAGUUCUGAUGACAGUUCCGCCACUGAUGAUUCCACUUCCUCCCAGGCAAAUAAGUCCAAGAAAAACGCAGCUCGACAGAAUAGACGGCGCAGGCGCACCACUGUGGCUCCAAAACGCAGAGCCAACGCUGCCAAGAAAGCAGCUGCCACACCAGCCAAGAGGCGAACACCUGUGGCUGCCAAAAGGAACCCCCCUGCAGCCGCCAAAAGGAACUCCCCUGUGGCCGCCAAGAAGAACACCAAUCGUGCCUCCAACAAGCGCAGGCGCGGUUAA